ACCAUCCAUGGCGGAGGACGGCGAAGAGAAGCUGCUCGCCACGGUGCAGCACAUCGUGCAGACGCUCGGGAGCAGCGACACCAUGACGGAGGACAUCCUCAAGGUCUUCUCCAACUACGACGGCCGCCUCUCGCUCGACAAGAUCUACGCCGCGCGCGGCGCCGUCGCCGCCGCCUCGGCAGCCGGCGGCGAGCGCUCCAUGCCGGCGUCGCCCACGCUGCCCCCGCCGCCGCAGGCGGCAGCCAUACCGGGCUCCUCCGCCAGGCCGCCCGUCACGUCCAUGGAGCGGACCGUGCGCACGCUGGACCGCCAGAUCUCGCAGUUCGUCACCAUGGACCGCCUCAUCUGGGCCGACUCAAGCGACGCCGACACCUUCCUCGAGGCGGUCGACGACCUCAUCGGCACAGUCCAAGAGCUCGACGCGGCGGGCACCAACCGCGCCCUGCUCGACCGCGCCGACGAGCUGCUCAGCCGCUGCAUGGCGCGGCUGGAGGACGAGUUCCGGGCCCUCAUCGAGCGCCCCGACGACGCCGCCCCAACACCCCCCGGCGGGUUCGCCUCCGACGCCUCCGACGACGACGAGGGCUUCUACGGCGGGACGACGCACGCCGACGACGCGUACGGCGACGACGAGCCCAUCCCGGUCGCCAAGCCGGUGACCGACUACGACGUGGUCAUCGACGCGCUCUCCCCGGGCUCCAUCGCCAACGUGCACCAGAUCUCGCGCCGGAUGGUGGACGCGGGGUUCGGCCGCGAGUGCGCCGAGGCCUACGCGGCCGCGCGCAGGGGGUUCGUCGACGAGAGCGUCGCGCGGCUCGGGGUGCGCCCGCGCACCGCCGAGGAGGUCCACGCCGCCACCUGGGAGGACCUCGAGUUCGACAUCGCGCGCUGGAUCCCGGCCUUCAACAUGGUCUUCCGCAUCCUCGUCCCCAGCGAGCGCCGCCUCUGCGACCGCGUCUUCGACGGCCUCGCGCCCUUCGGGGACCUCGCCUUCAUCGCCGCCGUGCGCACGCAGGCGCUGCAGCUCAUUUCCUUCGGCGACGCCGUCUCCUCCUCCAGCCGCUCGCCCGAGCGCCUCUUCCGCGUCGUCGACAUGUACGAGGCCGUGCGGGACAUCCUCCCGGACCUCGACCCCGUCUUCUCCGAUCCUUACUCCGCCGCGCUCCGCGCCGAGGUCUCUGCGGUGUGCAACACCCUCGGCUCCUCGAUCAAAGGCAUAUUCAUGGAACUGGAAAACCUCAUCCGCCGGGACCCUGCCCGGGUAGCCACCCCCGGCGGUGGCAUACACCCCAUCACUCGGUACGUCAUGAACUACCUCCGCGCCGCGUGUGGGUCGCGGCAGACAUUGGAAGAGGUAAUGGAAGGUGACCUUAGUGCCGGUGGUAGAGCUGCAGCUCCCGUGGACCCUGAUCGCCCAACUUCUGCACUUGCCGUGCACAUCGCGUGGAUCAUGGACGUUCUGCAGAAGAAUCUGGACACAAAGUCCAAGCUCUACCGGGAUCCAGCGCUGGCUUGCAUCUUCUUGAUGAACAACGGCAAGUACGUCAUCCAGAAAGUGAACGAUAGCGAGCUAGGUGUUCUGCUCGGUGACGACUGGAUCAAGCAGAUGUCAUCAAGAGUGCGUCGCUGGAGCAUGGAUUAUCAGCGGACCACAUGGGGCAAGGUCACAAGCGUGCUGCAGAUCGGUGCGCCUGGCGUUGGCGGGCUACCAGCCAAGGCAAUGCUGCAGAAGCUGCGCAUGUUCAACACCUACUUUGAGGAGAUCUAUGCAGUCCAAUCGGAGUGGAUGAUAGCUGAUGAUCAGUUGCGGGUGGACAUUAGGUCUACUGUGGUGGAUUCUGUGAUGCCAGUGUAUGCAGCUCUCAUUGCUAGGCUAAAAUCAGCUCCUGAAACCGGACGUGACUUGUACAUCAAGUACACCCCAGAAGAUGUCGAGGCACAUAUCCGGCAGUUGUUUGAAGGAGCAGCAAAGUGAUAAGUUAAUCAAUACGUGUUGUGAUCCUGGUGAUACAUAACCUGUCAUUCUCUGGGAUUUGUGAAGUUGCUGGCACUGGUUUUGGUGAAUAUCCGUGCCUCAGUAAUGGUGAUAUUCUUACCUAAACCCUGUAUUGUUGUUGUUGUAUCAUUUGUAUUUUGUUCUCCAUGAAGAAAUUAUGGGGUUUUGGCAAAUGGUGUACAUGAUUCUAGGUGUAUGUAUGUCAACUAGUGAGUAGUAAGGUGAUUAUUUUGUAACAAAGGUAGGGUCCCAUUUUGGUUCCAGCUACUGCUUCAGUUUAACCCCGUAACUGUUUAAUGUGUGGAUUCAAAUGCUAUCUUAAACCUUCGUGUGCUCAAACAUUUCU